GCCGGUCUCCACCCUGAGACCCCGGACUCUCCCUUCCUCCCCAACGGCGCCGUCCCAGCCUAUUCUGUUCCCAGCGUUCCCCGCCAGGGUCCUCAUUUGCACAGAGCGAUAGAUGUUCCUUUUUAAGGGUUGGUUUCUGCUUUUGAUCGGUCCACAGGAGCUAGGGGCAGGGCCACCCCGAGAUCCGCGGGGACGGUCCCUGUGCCCCUCCCCCAGGGCUGCUGACCAUCAUCCUGGGGCCCCGGUGGACUGGGCCUGUCCAGUGUCUUCUCAGCCCGCCCUCCUAGGUCUCCGCUGCCCGCUCUCUGGGGACCCGCUGUGCUGCCCCCCACAGGACAGCUGAGAGGUGGGAUGGGAGCUGCCCGGUGCUCAGUGUCUGGGCAAAACCUCCCAGGCACCCCCACCUGAAAAGCCCACCCCUGGGGCACGCCAAGAUGCUCUUCCCUAAAUCCCAAAUUUCCUUCUUAGAGACACGAUGAUGGAUUCAGUGAUCUUUGAGGAUGUGGCUGUGGACUUCACCCUGGAGGAAUGGGCUUUGCUGGAUUCAGCUCAGAGGGACCUAUACCGAGAUGUGAUGGUGGAAACCAUUCAGAACUUGGCCUCAGUAGAUGAAACUCAAUUUAAGGCCAAUGGGUCAGUUUCCAAGCAGGAUAUGAAUGGAGAAAAAAUACUCAAGGAACCUAAAAUAGCAAAGUUCAUCAGAAGUGUUUCCUGGCCCUCUGUUUUGGGAAAAAUUGGGGAAGAUCUUAGCACCAAAGAUCAGCACACAAACCAGGGAACAAGUCUGAGAAAUAAUAUGAUGGAGAGACUUGGAGAAAGGAAUGAUCAAUGUGGAGAAGAUUUCAGCCCAAUUGCAAAUCUUAAUUUCUACAAGAAAAUUUUUACUGGAGUAAAACAAUAUGAUUACAGUGCUUACGGAAACAUCUUCAUGCACCCUUCAUCCCUCAAGAGUUACAUCACAGUUCACACUGGACACAAACCAUAUCAGUGCCAGGAAUGUGGGCAGGUCUACAGUUGUUGUUCGCACCUGAGAACACAUAUGAGAACCCACAAUGGAGAGAGACCCUAUGUGUGUAAAUUAUGUGGGAAAACCUUUCCUCGUACUUCUUCCCUCAAUCGGCAUAUGAGAAUUCACACUGCUGAGAAAACCUAUGAGUGUGAGCAAUGUGGGAAGGCCUUCAUUUAUUUUUCAAGUCUUACUAGUCAUGUGAGAAGUCACACUGGAGAGAAGCCAUACAAAUGUAAAGAAUGUGGGAAAGCUUUCAGUUAUUCCUCAACUUUUCGAAGACACAUGAUAACACACACUGGAGAGAAGCCAUAUAAAUGUAAAGAAUGUGGGGAAGCCUUUAGUUAUUCCUCAACAUUUCGAAGACACAUGAUAUCACACACUGGAGAGAAGCCACAUAAAUGUAAGGAAUGUGGAGAAGCCUUCAGUUAUUCCUCAGCUUUUCGAAGACAUAUGAUUACACACACUGGAGAAAAACCCUAUGAAUGUAAACAAUGUGGGAAAACCUUCAUUUAUCUCCAGUCCUAUCGAAGACAUGAAAGGAUUCACACUGGAGAGAAACCCUAUGAAUGCAAACAGUGUGGGAAAACCUUCAUUUACCUCCAGUCUUUUCGAAGACAUGAAAGGACUCAUGGUGGAGAGAAACCUUAUGAAUGUAACCAAUGUGGAAAAACAUUCAGUCAUCCUUCAUCCUUUCGAGGACAUAUGAGGGUGCACACUGGAGAGAAACCCUAUGAAUGCAAGCAAUGUGGAAAAACUUUUAAUUGGCCCAUAUCUUUACGGAAGCAUAUGAGAACACACACUAGAGAGAAACCCUAUGAAUGUAAGCAGUGUGGGAAAGCCUUCAGUUUGUCUGCUUGCUUUCGAGAACAUGUGAGAAUACACCCAGAAGACAAAUCCUAUGAAUGCAAGCUAUGUGGGAAAGCUUUUUAUUGCCACAUAUCCUUACAAAAACAUAUGAGAAGGCACACUGCAGAGAAACUCUAUGAAUGCAAGCAAUGUGGGAAGGCCUUCAGUUGGCCUGAACUUUUGCAACAACACGUGAGAACACACACUCUAGGGAAACCCUAUGAAUGUAAGGAAUGUGGGAAAGUCUUCAAAUGGCCAUCAUCUUUACCAAUACAUAUGAGACUGCACACUGGAGAGAAACCUUACAAAUGUAAGCACUGUGGGAAAGCAUUUAAUUGUUCCUCAUCCUUACGAAGACAUGUGAGAAUACAUGCUACAGAAAAACAGUAUAAAUAUAACACAGGACCUCCUCCUGCAAAUAAAUUCACGUACAAUACUUCAGAAAACUCACACCAGGAGGAAGAGCUUGUAAAAGUUGUAAAUAUGGUAUUGCCUUUAUGAGCACCUCGUCUUUAAAGUGGACACCUAAGGAGUGUAUUUAUGGUUCAUUUACAGAUAAACAGGAAAAAUAAUUCUCUAGGUACUCUUAGCUAUACUACUUAAGUUUGGGAAGGUAGCUUUUUUUCUUACAAUUCAGUAAAUAAAACUAUCUUUACAAUUUGUUGGACUCAUGGGUGAUUUGAAGUGUAUUUUAAAUAUGAAAUUAGGUUUAAUUUUUACUGAUUUUCUUAAAUUGUUCUCUGAGUAAUGAAUUGGUGGAACAGGGACACUGGUAUUUGUUGAGAUUUAUUUUUACUGACUUAGUGUAGCAGAUAUUGGAUAUCACUUACCUAUUGUAUUUUCCACCAUUCUUACUGGAAGAAUCUUUAUUCUUUUUUACUCCCAUUUUCCUCUUAAGACAUAAUUAGUAGUGUAGGAUAAUAUUUAUAAAUAAACAUAUCCUACAUCAAGCACACAAAGUGAAUUCAGUGUGAGUUUAAAAUGACUUGCUAUUCUUCCAGAGGCUUAAGGGACCUGGGCCCCCCUGGGACACACACAGAGUUGGCUUGACUGGAGUUAAAAUUCCACAAGCCCAUUCUCUGAAGCUGUGAGCCCCGUGAAGCCUGAGAUCAAAGGGCAUGCCGCCCUUCCUCAGAGAUACGGGACAGAGGGUUGACGUAUGUUAACAACAUAUUGUCAGAGGUCUAUACGUGCUCUGCCCUGAGGAAAAGACACAGUCGUUACUUCAUACUGAGUAAACUGAGUGAAUGCUUGAAGAUAUUCUUCCAUUAACUCUGUUCCCCUGUGGCUACUUUCUUCUUUAUGCUAUCUGUUUAGAUACCUGCCCAGAGAUUAGUCAGUGUCUAGAAGAAGAUGUUUACUACAAAAGUGAUUGUGUUGAUAUGGUAACAGGAUAUUUUCUUUCGAGUUGAUUUCAGAUAG